UUUGUUUUUGCUUUUCUAUUCUGUCUUCCGUCUGUUUGUCAUUUGGCUUCACUUUCUUCUUUCUUGGCUUUUCUCUCCCCACCCCCCGUCUCUGUGGAAAUUUGGUUGUCUUCUAUGCAAUUUGGUUAUUUGAUUGAUGAUCUUUGAUGGGUUCCUUUAAGUUUGUGUAAGUUCUGGUUUAUUUGUCUUUGCCCGGGGAAUAUGGAGAUCUUCAGUUCUCUGUCACGUUCUUCUCUAACUUCUCUUAUUUGCUUUGGUAAUCCUAAGUAUGAUAUUUUAGCUUACCCAAAAAAAUGUGUUAUCUCAAUACAAAUUUGCACCUUAGAAUAGGCAAUUGGAUAAAAUCUUCUGUAUUAGCAGUUGUGCUGUCUGCUGUAUUUGCAAUUAGAGAUUACUCGGGAAAACAUCAACAAUAGUUUGAAGAAAAAUACAAACGUACUUAAAAUGUUUUUAGUGGAAUAUUUGAUCUGUAUGCUUGAAUAAGAGGGAGAGGGAAAAAUAUCAAUUUGGAAAUUGAAAAGAAUAUGCCUGAGAAGUCUAAGAAUGGGGAAAAUCUGAUAGAAAUUCCAAUACUAUUACUACUAUAACUACAACAAAAACAACGAUGACAAUAUAUGAUGCCCUAAUCCUAUUAGGUAGGGUUGACUAUGGAACUCAAAUACAAGAAGAAGAAAAAUUUAAGGAAAAGAAAAUGUAGUGUUCAAGAAACCUGUGCUUCCGAAGAAGAAAGUAAACAACUGAAACUGAUAAUCUCUCAGUUGAAAGAGAGCUAAAUUCUUGCUUUAGGAGUAGAACCUUUCCCCUUCUGGUCUAGAGGAUAUCGCAACGACAAGCCAUCAAUGGAAGCAGAAAUAUGCAGAAAAUUCCUGUGCUACAAUUGAAAAAACACCGCGUAAGCACUUGAGGAGACAGAAUUUGUCACUGGAUAUAUUACCCUCAAGAACAUUAUUGGACUCUCCUCAGGAGUUUGUUCAAAUCAAAAUGCCUCCAACUCCAAAGAAAGUAAAUUUUCUCUUGACUCCAAGCCCUUCUGAUGUGAGGACAAGUGGGAAUCUUGGCCCCUCCUUAUACAGGAGCAAGUCAUCCAUUAAAAGCCUUUUACCAAAACUGAACUUCAAGUCGAGGAAUUCCCAGUCAGACAUAGCCAUAGAAGCAACUACUUCUCCGGUGCCACAGGAGAAGCCGUCAAUGGCAAGGUCAUGGUCACUUACAAAAAUGUUCACUCCUCGUAUCAAAAGGACAUCGUCUCUGCCUGUUACCUCAGUUGUGCAUUCAAUUCCUGAAUCUGUUGCUGGAGGAAACUCUGGUGGUUCAGUCAGUUCACAUAGAAAGGAAGCAAAUCGAUUUAUAUCUCGCUCGCUUUCAGUCCCUGUCAUCAACAAAGAGAGAAGAAUAAAGAGGACGGACUCAUUUUUCCGUGUCAUAUCCUUGAUUCCCCAAGUGAAGGAAGGGGAUACUCCAGUGUCAAAUUCAAAUCCAACCUGUGAUGCUGAAAGCAAUGAAGCUGAUGCCCAAGAUAUACCUGAAGAGGAGGCAGUUUGUAGAAUUUGUUUGGUUGAGUUAUGUGAAGGUGGCGAGACCCUGAAGAUGGAGUGCAGCUGCAAAGGUGAGCUUGCUUUGGCUCACCAAGAAUGUGCAGUGAAGUGGUUUAGCAUUAAAGGCAACAAGAACUGCGAUGUGUGCAAGCAAGAGGUUCAAAAUUUACCCGUCACACUUUUACGGAUACAAAGUGUUAAAAAUCAAACUACACGGCCAAAUAGAGACCCGCAGAUGGAACUUCACGCACACAGGGUUUGGCAGGAAGUGCCAAUUCUUGUGAUUGUCAGCACACUCGCAUACUUCUGUUUUCUUGAGCAGCUUUUGGUUGGAAAAAUGGGUGCUAGUGCAGUUGCCAUAUCUCUUCCAUUUUCUUGUGUGCUGGGCCUCCUUUCAUCCAUGACCUCAUCAACCAUGGUGAAUCGACGAUUCGUCUGGUUUUAUGCAUCAGUCCAAUUCGCUCUUGUGGUUGUGUUUGCCCAUAUUUUCUAUUCAUUGAUUCAUGUGCAAGCAGUCCUAUCGAUUCUCUUCUCAACGUUCGCAGGAUUUGGAAUCGCCAUGAGUGGCAGUUCCAUUUACAUCGAAAUUUUGAGAUGGAGACGCCGACGGCGCGAUGCAUCAGAUCAGCACCACCAGCACUCCCAAAUCGUGGCGGUGCACCCACAAGGAAGAAGGCCUGCUCCGGCCGCAACUUCUCCUUCUUCUUUUUCGCCACAUCUGCCGGAUCCUCAUCCACUGCAAGCCGGAACAGAGAGCCCAGAAACAUUUUGGGUGCUGAAUUAAGACUUGGAGUGGCUGAAGUUAAAAGAUUGGAUCUUUAGAUCGUUUCCCAGCAUGGAAUAGAAAAGAGAAAACAGUAGUUUGAUUUGCGGCUUCUCAGCUUCGAGUUACCCGGAUAACAAGGACGUGGCAGUCUGCCAGAGGCUCAGGCUCAGGCUCAGGCUCAGGCUCGUAGUUUUGGGAAAAUUGUUGUUGCAUCUUAUGAGAGGGGUGCAUCAAACAUUUUGAUUCACAUAAUUUUAAUCAAAUUCUGGUUACAAAUAAUGAUUUUUUCUUCACGUCAUAGUCCAAGGUGGUGUUAGUUCCGUCGGUGCUGCUACUUCUUGUCCAAUUAAGGUUUUAAGGCUGCAUGAUGACUGGCAAUUACUUGGUGGCCCACCCCCACCAAUCCAAUCCAAGGGUUUAAGGAUGGAUUGAAAGGUAAUAUACUGCGUCCUUAGUAACUUGAACGUUCCUUUAUCACCCCAGUGUUAUAUCUUGUUAAUAUUUGAGGCUUUUAAGUUUAAGUGUGGAGUGUAAUGGUCAAUUUGAGUA